AUGAGGUCUGCUCCCGUGUCACAGGUCUUGUCUUCUCCGGCGGAUAGAUUUGGGUUGUUGGGCUUGCUGAGCAUCAUCAAGAUGCAAGAUCCUGAUGUUCAAAUGUUGUCUCUGGGGACUGAUUUGCAAGCGAUGGGACUGAGCUUGGAGGCUCCGGAAGCGCUGUACUCGUCUCUUAUCACACCGCUGUCGGACAACAACAUGGCCGCAGCUUUGCAAGUGGAGCCAGAGUUUCACUUGCCGUCAUGUUACAAUGUCUCUCCUCCUUCGCCAGCACAUCACAAGGUGGACAGCUUCAGCGACGAGACCCUCUUUUUCAUCUUCUACUCCAUGCCUAGGGACGUAAUGCAGCAGAUUGCCGCUGCCGAGCUCUACCAACGCAAUUGGCGAUUUCACGUCGAGCUGCAAUUAUGGCUCACGCAAAAUGGCGAACCAACGCAAAAGACGCCGACGUACGAGAGGGGCUCUUACGUAUUCUUCGAUCCGCGGACUUGGGACAAGGUGUCCAAAGAUAUGGUACUGAUGUACGACGCGCUGGAAGAGAAGCCGUCACAAGCGGCCAUCUUGGCUCUGCAGUCUGCCCAGCAACCGGCACCACAACAGUCCGCGCAAGCAGGCGCACCAGCACAACAACAGGUACAGACACCGUCCUUGGCACAAAGGUGA